UAGUUAAAUGUACACGUAUAUCCAACAUAUAUACUACCUUAGACUAUGAAUAUAAGAAACAAGGUACAAUAUUAUGUUGUGUGCUGUAUCUAUAUAUAUGUAACAAAAUCUGAAAAAAAUAAUUAAAACAACAUGAAGAAAAAGUGUCUUUUCAAGUUACAGAAGUUGUAUAUAUAAUGCCUAUAAAUGCCUCACUGGUUAUAGACGUUUGGCCAGAUACCAAACAAUUGCAGCUUCUAAAAGUGCAAGCUGUGGAUACUUAAUGUUGUGUGGUAUGUCCAUGGAAUGGGCUUUUAGUUAAUCACGUUGUCUCUGUCAAUCCUGCAGUAAAUGUUUCAAGAAUGGAUUUACAAGUAAAUGUCCCAUCCAGGGGACGUCAAUGGCUCUUAUUUGCUUAGUUAGAACAACGGAAGGAGUGUCAGCUCCAUGAGCAUCAUGUCUUGGAAAGUUUUCACCCAAAGCUUGAAAUACAAGAUUCUACCAUACACAGUCAGUGCAGUUUAUAAACAGUGUUAUUCAGUUACACAGUUGCAUAAUUUGCGAUGUCAGACUUGUUUAUAAACUAAUAGCUUUCUGGGGAGCUGCUCAGCCCUUUCAUUAUUGAACGUGCUGGAAUACUUGGGACUUGGCGAUCCAGAGAAUAUGUAUACAGCCAACGCCAGGAAGAGAAAAAUAGGUCCUGCGAGCAAAGAGGCAAAAUUUCAGGCUGUAAAUGGAUUUAGAUCUAUCCCAGGGCCACUCAAUCAAAGUUAGAAAUGACAAUGACGAAAUAAGGAAACCCCCGGAGAACUGAUGUGGCUAUGAAUAGUCAUCUUACAUUGAUUCUACAGGCCAGCGUCCUUGUGUAUUGGUUCGGUAAAACAUUAAACAUGUGCCCAAGCGUCAUUACCAGGCCUCGCCCGACUUCCGUUGAGGACUGGUUGGAUUUGGUGCCCUGUCCGCCACCCAACAGAUUCUCCUUACUGUGUUCAGAAGUCCCAGACUGUGAUCUGCUGUUAAAGAUUCUAGAUGUGUGUUUGUCACAAUACUCUCUUUACUUUAAUCAAAGUUUUACCGAUGAAAUAAAGUGCUCGGAAAAGGGGACAUGUGAAGCGACAACAGCUUGCAACGUUAGUGAAAAAAUUAAUGUUUCAUGCCAAGUGACUGAAGACAGCACAACAAUAACAACAGAAGAAGAUUACGUCACAAUGACGUCGUCCAAACAAUGGACAUCAUCAGUAAAUUCAAGGAAACCAUCAAUAAGUUCAAGGACAACAUCAGAGACGACAACGUAUUACGUGACUGAAUUGAAAUCAACCCUUUUAAGCAUUACCAUAGAACAUACUGAUAAUACAAGCUUAAUGACCAAUGUUUCUAUUUCCAAUAUAUCUACAGAACUCGAACACAAUGUGCAUGGUGGAAGUACUGUCAUUUCAGUGGUGGUUUUCCUCGUAUUAGUAAUAGUAUGUGUAUUUACCGGUAUAUUGGUGGUCAAAAUAAAACAGAAAUAUGACGUCAAUGUUCGACCUUUGUUCCCCACGCGGCAAAUCUCCACGUCAUCACAGACUCCCAUGCUCCGCUCAGACAAAGGGUGCUACAUUUUGUGUCUAACGCUGAAACGACGAAUUACGUCACGAGAAAAGACAGGGCACCAGUCAACGAUGGAAACCACUAACCACUACAGUGUCGUUCCCAAGAGUGAACCUCCGUGCUUUGAAGAUGGAGAAAAGGGAGAUGGGAAGAAUGAUCAUGAAUGCAUGGAAACGGUUUUCUCAGAUCAUGAGUAUAAUGUUUGUACUGUCGAGAAUUACGAAGAAGAUAAAGAAGUUAAAGAGAUAUGUACUAUUCAAGAAUUCGACGAAGUUAAGGAAGUUAAAGAGAUGUAAAAAAUUUUAUUUCAAUUGUACCUAUUUACAUUAAACUUACCAGUGGAGACGUAACAUUAAAUUCACACUAGAUUGCGAGGACCCAGUGCAAUAACGAAGUACAGUUUACGGGUAUUGGCUAUAUGACCAGUGCGGAGUCCUCAGUAUUACUUGAAUGCUUGUUUUAUUUCAUGUUGUAGGGCCAUUGAUUUAUAUUACAAAUAUGAAUUCAU